UCCCUGCGUCCUCCGGGCCGCACCGCCCGGGCCGGCGCCGAGCGCGGGGAAGCUGGCGGGCUAAGGCGCCCCGCUCCUCUGCUCUUCCCCCUCCCCCUUUCCCGGCUCCGCGAGGCCGCACGUCGCCGCCCGCGAGAUGAUGCAGGACGUGUCCAGCUCGCCAGUCUCGCCGGCCGACGACAGCCUGAGCAACAGCGAGGAGGAGCCGGACCGGCAGCAGCCGGCGAGCGGCAAGCGCGGGGCUCGCAAGCGGCGCAGCAGCCGGCGCAGCGCGGGCGGCAGCGCGGGGCCCGGUGGGGCCACGGGCGGGGGCGUCGGAGGUGGCGACGAGCCGGGCAGCCCGGCCCAGGGCAAGCGCGGCAAGAAGUCUGCGGGCGGUGGCGGCGGCGGCGGCGGCAGCGCGGGCGGCGGUGGAGGCGGCAGCAGCAGCGGAGGCGGGAGCCCGCAGUCGUACGAGGAGCUGCAGACGCAGCGGGUCAUGGCCAACGUGCGGGAGCGCCAGCGCACGCAGUCGCUGAACGAGGCGUUCGCCGCGCUGCGCAAGAUCAUCCCCACGCUGCCCUCGGACAAGCUGAGCAAGAUUCAGACCCUCAAACUGGCGGCCAGGUACAUCGACUUCCUGUACCAGGUCCUGCAGAGCGACGAGCUGGACUCCAAGAUGGCAAGCUGCAGCUAUGUGGCCCACGAGCGGCUCAGCUACGCCUUCUCGGUCUGGAGGAUGGAGGGGGCCUGGUCCAUGUCUGCGUCCCACUAGCAGGCGGAGCUCCCCACCCCCUCGGCAGGCGGAGACCUAGAUGUCAUUGUUUCCAGAGAAGGAGAAAAUGGACAGUCUAGAGAACUCUGGAGCUGGAUAACUAAAAAUAAAUCUAUAUGACAAAGAUUUUCUUGGAAACUUAGAAGAGCAGAACCCAAAUUCAAAAGAAUCAGGGCGUGGGGCACACUUUUAAAAGAGAAAGCCAGACAGGCCCGGUGGACCGAGAUUCCCAGAGAGGCAGCGGCACCACCCUCACACCUCCGCGUUCUGAUAGAAGUCUGAACCGUUAUUUGUGUCCCCCCCCACCCCACCUUUUGACGAAGAAUGUUUAUUUUUUUUAUGCAUGCAUUCUCAAGAGGUCUUACUAUUCAGCCACUGAGAGCAAAGGCGUCACUGUGGACUUUCUCCAUUUUAAAAUGGUAACAAUCAGAGGAAUUUUAACAAGACCUUUAGAAAUAAAAACGCUGGGAUCAAACUGGCCUACAAAACCAUAGCCAGUGAAUUCCUUAAAAAAAAAUUACUUCCUCUGAGGGAAAAGGUAAACAUAAGAUACAAAAGACAACAUUCUAUUUAUUUAUUGAUGACCCAUGGUAAAAUGCAAAUAGAUCCGGUGUCUAAAUGCAUUCAUAUUUUUAUGACUGUUUUGUAAAUAUCUUUUGUAUAUUAUUUUUCUGCAAUAAAUAAAUAUG